UUAAAAAUAUAUACUUGGCCUCUAAAUCCCAGCCGCCUCUGUUUUUCCUUUUCCAGCUGAAAACACUGUUAACUCCUGCACCAAGAAAAACCCACCAGAGAUUCACUCGUUUCUAUCAGUUCUCUUCAUCUGGGUCGAGUUCUUUCUCUGGAUCAGGAACUGGGUCUUACUCAAUUUCUCGAACAACCUUCAAAAGAUCGUAUCUCAUGGAUUGGUAUUUUGGGAGUGGAAUCGAUGAUCUUGUUGUCCCCAAAUAUCAAGAAUUAUCGGAUAGGCUUCCAUCACCAGAUAGCUGGUCAAAAUGGGGAAUAAGGGAACCCGAAAGUUUCAGGUCACCUAACAAAUGCUUUAUCAUGGAUGCAAAUUUGGCUCAACAACAACUCAACCAUUAUGGUAAAAGCAUGCGUAAUGAAGUUGAGUUGGAUGCUUUCCAUGAUAAAGAUCAUUCCUGUAGUUCGAGCAUAUGUGAGGGAUUCUCAGAGGAGUCUUUUCAGCAGAGAGCACUUUCCCGUGGUUGGCCAGCUUGCCAGCUCAAUGACUUAGCGGGAUUCGAACAGAUGAACGACAUUUUCUUGUACAAGAGUUCCUUAAUUGAAGAUCUGCCAGAGGCGGAAUCUGCAGAUGGGUCAUUUUACUUUUCUCCUGAAUCUAAAUGUGACAUGAUGCAAAUCGAUAAUCUAGAUUCACAAAGUAUGUGGAAUGAUGCAAACAAUACUACGGGAAACUCAAAGUAUCUCAAAAGACAUGCCUUGUCUCCAUUAGUGGGAUGGGAUAAUAGAGAUUUGACUGCUGUGCAGUUUAUUCCAUGCCACUUGGACCAAAUUGAUCAGCCACCAGUAAAGGGACCCUUUGGAGAAGACACGGUCUCUUCUGAGCAGAUUAGCACGAAUGGAAAUUUGGGUCAGGAAACAUCGCCUGAAGAAUCUGUAUUGCAGGAGCUUGAAAUGGCGAUGACACAGUUGACGGAGAAAACCCGGAUUUGCUUUCGGGAUUCCUUGUACCGCCUUGCUAAAAACUCAAAACAACACCACCUGGCAACACAGAAGCAAGAUAUUCAUCUUGCAAUGGAAAAGGCCCCUCCAUGGACAGCUCCUGAUACAACAACGAGGUCUGAAAGUAAGAAAGCAAUGGAAUCAGAGACGAAUGUCGUUGACCGAGCCGUCGCAAACCUCAUGUUCAAUGAAAUUGACUUUAGCGGAAGAGAAUUUUCCAGUGCAGCAUCAGUAAACUCCGAUGAAGGAGUUACUGGAGACACCCAACCACCAGUAAUAUCCAAGCCGAAAGUCGUCAAAGCUAUCGGACCACCGAACUACAGCUUGAAUCAAUCCAAAAUCCAACAGGUCUCACACCAACCAAUUUUACCAGGUGAUGCUGAAGUUCCAACCCUUGCUCAAAGAGAUCCGUAGGCAACAAUUUUCUCAAGAAACGCUGAGACCACUGAAAAAAUAAAUAAAAACUACUAAAGAUAUGCUGUAGAGAAGAGGAAAUCUUUCGUACUGGAGUUUGGUUCUAUGACAUAGUGGGUGAAGGCGAUCUGAAGACUGUCAUGAAGGCAAGGAUCCAUGAAACCAGAGCUUUAUCUACCAAAAGAGCAUGAAACAAUUUUCUGGAAUGCCUUUUGCUAUUUGCAUGUAUAUACCCCCUUCUAUUUAUUUUACAAGCUGGUAGUUAAUUAGUAUGCAAGGUAGUUGUACUGACUCGAUACACUAUAGCUAUAGGUCUUAUCCAUUCUUUUCUUCCUUUAUAUUUAUUUGGAAAGAAAAGAAAAUCUUCAGGCUCUUUUGUACAAGUUGGAGUACUUCCUUUAUAUUUAAAUGAGUAAUGUAAUGCUAUAUGUUGAGGUUA